AUGAUAAGUCGAGACACUGGGUUCUAAGAUCUGGAGAGUGGGAUUUAGAGCAAUAAUUUAUCGUCAGGACAAUUGGUGGAUUUGGAAUAAAAUAGCCCAAUUAAUGGAUAAUAGUUAGAUCCAACCCUAGAGUUUUCUUAAUUAUAAUAACUUGAAGCUCUAAGAAUGAAGAGGGAUAUUUUUGAUAAUAGUCAUAAGCAAGCAUUAAAUUUAGGAAAUAAGUCGGAUAUAAAUGAGGAAGAUUGUUUAAUGAGUAAUCUCAGGUAAGAAAGUAUAAUAAAAUAGUGGAAAAAGAAGUGAACCAUAAGGUUCGAUUAGUUCUAUAAGCUGCAAUUUAAAGAAGCAGAAGCUUACAAAACCUCCUAAGCAGAGGUCAAAUAAAACCAUUUAGUUCUAAUAAAAGUUAGAUUAAGACGAUUUUGUGAUUGGAUCACCAAAAAAUCAAAGUGGCACUAAUAUUUUAGGAAUAAAAUCAGAUGCUAAGAUAGUAAAGUAUUAGACAUUCGUUUAAUAAUUGGAGGAGGAGUGGGAGUAAAAUGAGAGAAAAAAAAAAGCAUAAAUACACCAUGAUACAAUCAAACAAUAAUCGUUAGUUUUAAGAGGGAAGAGUCGGGAAAUGAAAACAGGGUAUUGACAUUAAAUAAUUAGAAAGAUUAAAUGAAGUUUGGUCAUAGAAAGCGUUAAUAAUCAUAAGAUUAGUAUCUCGUUUCAUUUAGCAAUUAAAGACAAAAACAGAAAGAAUAAAAUUUAGGCUAAUAACAUAAAGAAUAUUUGAAGUCAUUUGCGAUAAUAGUGCAAAUUUUGAAUAUAUGUUAAUAAAUAGAUUAAUCAAGCAAAAACCGAGUUUAGGAUUAAUAAUAUUUCACCAAUUUUAAAAUCGAGCUCUAACCAUGUUAAACACAUUAGAAUCUGUUAACGACUUUCUAAGUAAAUAUAUCAAAGUCAUAAAACCUGAUAGUUUGUUUAAGAUAGUUUGGGACAUUGUCCUAUUAUUAUUUAUUGUUGUUAACAUAUUUUAUAUUCCAAUUUAUAUUAGCUUUGAUGUUAGAUCAUCUGGUUUAUUUGAAUGGAUAUUUGAUUUAUUGCCCUCAUGGGUAUUUAUUGCAGAGAUCUUAUUAAACUUUAACACUGCAUACUAUGAUAAGGGAUUGAUGCAUGAAGAUAGAAAAUAAAUCAUGAAACAUUAUGUAAAGGGUAAUUUUUUUUGGGAUAUCAUUGUUGUAAUUCCAUUUUUGAUUUCUUAUUUGGAUAUCCCAUUCGUUAGAUACACGUUAUUAUUGCGACUUACACGAUUAUCACCCUUAAUGACAAGUAUUGAGGAGGUGCUGAAUUUGGAAGUAAAUAAUGUUUCUAUAAAAUAAUAGGAAAGUCUUUAAAUAUUUCUGGACUUAUUAAAAUUGAUCUUCUUUUUAUUAUUAACUGGUCAUUUUUGUGGAUGCGCCUGGCAUUGGGUUGCAAUAAUCGAAUAUCAAAAUUAUGGAUAAGAAAUAACUUGGCUUACUCAUUAUGAACCUAAUGCUAUGAACUAUGAAUGGUUUGAUAGAUACAUAAUCUCCUUAUAUUGGAGUGUGAUUACAACUGUAACUGUUGGUUAUGGUGAUAUCGUUCCAGUUACUACGGUGGAGAGAGUAUUUGUUAUAGUAGUGACCUUGUUGAUUUGUGGAGUGUUUGGUUAUUGCUUAUCUAAUAUUGGAAAUAUUUUUAAAUAAAUCACAGAUAAGAAAGCUAUAUAUAAAUAAAGAAUAAGAGAAAUUAAUUAGCACAUUAGGAAGAGAGGUCUUAGUUAUAAUUUGCAAUUAAAAGUAGAAAUACAUUUUAAGAUCUUAGGUCAAAAAGUAUUUUGAAUAUUUCUUGAAGGUGAAGCAGGAGGAAGAUCAACAUGCAGAGUAAUUUAUAGAACAACUAACUAAACAUCUGAGAGAAGAAGUCUUAACUGACAUUUAUAGUAAGACACUCAAACAAUCCAGAUUUUUGAGGGAAAAUUUCAGUGAAGAAAUCCUGAAUCGAUUAUGCCAGAUAGUGAAAGAGACAAAAUUAUACCCAGAAUAAGUACUUUUUUAAAGGAAUGACUCUCCUAAAGCAUUAUGGUUUAUAUUGUCAGGAGCAGUUGAGUAUGUUGCCGAUCAUUAAAGUAUUUUAAUCUCUUACAUUCACUAGAUGAAGACGAACACUAUUACACUGAAACAUUCUUAAAGAAACUAACUCAAGGGUAUUAUAUUUGAAAAUACAAAUUAGAGCAGUGAUAGGUGAAAGAGAAUUCAUAUCUCAAACUCCAUACGAAUAUAAUGCUAGAGCUACUAAAUUUACAUAAUUGUUGGUUGUCGAGUAUCUAUAUAUAUAUACAUAUGAUUAGUUAUUAACAAUUCUAUUUAAUUUUGUAAGAAAACAAUGACGAAUUUGAAAAGUAUUGUUUAGCCAAAGAUAACUUAUUGUUUAAUAGCAAUUACAAAGUAUUUGGCUAAAUUUGUGAAAUUUGUGGGUGGACUCAUCGAUUUAUUUAGUAAUAUAUUCACAAAUACUUAGAUGUCCUUUCGUGUUUUUAUAACCAAAUAAAAAUAAAAUAGCUAGUUCCUUUGUUUCAACUAAAACAAAUAAGAGAUUAGCAUUUCCAUAUAGGACACUUCCUAAAACGAAUUGGAGGAAUAAUGUACCUGAAGUAUAAGAGGCAGCUUUAGGCUACAUCGUCUUAAACAAUAUCAUACCAGAAAAGUACUUAUUAUAUCAUCAUUCAAGAGAAAUAAAUGAUAAUUAUCUCGUUAAUUUGGGUUUUGAAUUGAAUGAGAGGGAAGAAGAACUCUCUAAAAUUGUACCCAAUAAAAAAAAUUCGAUGUCCAAAGAUCCCAAAAUCUUAUCUCAAUAUGAUAACACGUCUCUAUAAUAACCUAUCUAAUAACCCUCUAUCUAAACUGUCCUACAAGAUUAGAAGUCACAAAAUUAGACUGCUAUGUUUCACAAAGAUGGAUAAAAGAUAAAUUUGACGAAUGUAAGUUAGAUGUGUAAUCUUUAGGAAAGCAUUAUUGAUUGGGAUUAAGGUAGUUAAUUACGAAGAAGCAUGAAUCGAAUCAAAUUUUAAGGACUUGACAGAGGACGAACACUCUAAUCAAUUAAGGGAAAACAUCACCAAAAUAAUGGAGGAGGAGUUGAUAUAUUAGAAGAAUCCAUGAUCUAAGAAGAAGUUAAAAUUUAAAAUACCAAUGUUGGAUCAUAAAAGUUUAUUCACAAUAAACUUAAAAUAGUGAAAAAUAAGCAUAAUAACCAAAAUGCAAUCGGACUUAGAAAAGUAUCGUGGCUUGAGUUUGAUAGUGGGCCCAAUUAACAUUAAGGUUCAUACAUCUCUUUAACUUAUUAGAUGGGAAAGUUGGUCAACAGCAGUUUAACAAACAAAUUAGCAAAGGGAGCGAUACGAACUUCGAUUUACCUCCUCCUGUAAAUUAAUGUGAAAAUGAAAUCAAAUAAAGAAUCGAAGCCAGAGAGAAUAGCAUUAUUUCCAAGAAAACAAAUACUAAGUAACAAGUAUCCUUAUUUCUUAGUAUCGAUAUAACUAGAAGAAAAAAAAGAAGAAAAACUACUUAACUUUUAUAAUUUUUUUAAGGUAUCGAUGGUGGAGAUAAUAAAUCAACAAAAAAGGUUGAUAAAAGUCUAUUAGGAAAUGAUCUGUACAGUUCUAGUGUGUAUACAAAUGGAGGACCCAAUAAUACUGCCUUAAUGGAUUCGAAUAAUAAAGAUAAUAAUAAUAAUGCAGAUAAUAAUAGUGUCCAUGUUGCUCAUUCAUUCGAUGGAAUUUAAAAAAGAAUCUAAGAUAUUGUUCAUGUUCAUUUUGAAAUGGAUUUGGACAGAUAUAAAUCUUCAUAGUUUUAUUUCCCUGAUUACAAUGUAGAAAUAGUAUUAGAGAAAAUCGCUGUGUAUUAUGAAAAAGUAAAUGAUAAAAAGUUUGACAUGAGAGAAAUGAAAAGAACAAAAACAAAUCUCACUCUGUUUGAUAGAAUUAGAUAAGCAAAAAAUCCAACUAUUAGAGGAACUUUUGUGGAUAGAUCCCUUUAAGAAAAUGAUUGAAAUAAAGACUUAAAUGG